AAACGAAAGUAAAGGAGUUCAGUUUCCUCAGCAGAGUGAAUCGUCGUUUUCUCUGCCAGUAGCUGCUGGAUUCAUGUUGUACUGUAAGGACAGGCUGCUGUGAUCCGAGUUAUAAUGGAUUUAGAUAAUGACGAUGAUGUCAACGAGCGUCUCAUUGAAGACUACAGGCCGAGGCUGCGAUACCUCAUCGUGGUGGACCGGGUCCUGGAUCAUUUGCCGGACAUGGACACCGACCAGAGGGAGCAGAUCAGACAGAAAGCGAGGACUGACGGUGACCUGGCGGCCACGGAUCUCCUCAUAUCUGCAGUGUUAAAGAAACCCCACGCAGAUGGCUGGUUCAGGGCCUUUGUCGACGCCUUGUCCAACUCAGGUUGCGAGUCUGCAGCUGAGUACAUGCAAGUGAGUCCACCAGGCCCGGAGCUGGAGGCAGAGAACGACUACUGUGUCAGACUCAUCCGCCUGCUGUCUCCCAGUCUGGUGGACAUGAAGACUGAUGAUGUGUGCAACCACUGUUUCUCCAAAGAACUGAUCACCCAGGAUGACUCAGAGCUUAUUAAAACAAAAACAGCAAGUGAAGGAAACAGAAGUGGAGCCCGAGAACUUCUGAAAUGUAUCGUGAGAGGUCGACCGGGAUGGUUUUCUACAUUUCACGAGAUCCUGCGUCAAACUGAACACAAGCACCUGUACGAGCUGACUGGAGGGUCACCUGUGAAAGGCUCUGAUGACAAACUGCUCUCACUGAAAGAUGAACCUACUGGAAGUGAAGCUGCAGCUGAUCUCCCGCAGUAUGUGGUCGUCAGCUCAACGCAGGAGGCUAUGGAGGAAGCAGACCUGUACGAAGCAGCGAGCACUGAUUCCAAACAACUGCCAGACAGCUCGGAGGAGCCCUCCUCACAACCAGAACCAGUAGCAGCGGCGGGAGGCCCAAAAAAAGCUGAUAUUGUUCUCCGCGAUUAUCAGAUGGACGUCGCUAGACCUGCCUUGGAGGGGAAAAACAUCAUCAUAUGCCUCCCGACAGGAAGCGGUAAAACCAGAGUCGCAGUUUAUAUUACCAAAAAACAUCUGGACCACAGGAGGGCAGAGGAGCGUUCAGGGAAAGUGGUCAUCCUGGUGAACAAGAUUCCUCUCGUCGAGCAGCAUUAUACCGAAGAGUUCUUGCCGUUUUUGAAGCCGACAUAUAAAGUGGAGAGAGUCAGUGGAGACUGCAAGCUCAAAAUCUCUUUCCCAGAGAUCGUGAAGAAAUAUGACGUCAUCAUUUGCACAGCCCAGAUCCUGGAGAAUUACUUGGAGAGGGCUGACCAAGGCGAGGACGAAGGGGUGAACUUGAGCGAUCUGACACUGAUCGUGAUAGAUGAGUGUCACCACACCCAGAAAGGAGGCGUCUACAAUCACAUAAUGAUGCGCUACCUGAAGCAGAAGCACAAGAACAAGAAGCUGGAGAAGUUGCAGAAGGAGCCCAUGCCCCUCCCUCAGAUCCUGGGCCUGACUGCCUCACCGGGGGUCGGGGGAGCCUCGAAAAUGGAGAAAGCCGAGGACCACAUACUGCGCAUUUGUGCAAACUUGGAUGCUUACAAAUUGAUGACAGGGGAACUUGGAAAAUUCAAAAGGGAACCAAGGAAAAUCACUUUAAGUGUUGAAGACAGAAAAGAGGAUCCCUUUGGUGAUGUAAUCAAGAACAUCAUGAAUGCCAUUCAAACCCAUGCCGAGCUGAGCCCCAGCUAUGAUCUUGGCUCUCAGACAUAUGAACAGUGGGUUGUUCAAAAAGAGCGAACAGCUGCAACAGAGGGAAAUCAGAAAGUGCGAGUUUGUACGGAGCACCUUCGACAGUACAACGAGGGCCUGAAUCUCAGCAACACCAUUCGCAUGCGUGAUGCCCUCAGCUUCCUGAACAAAUACCACGAGGAGGAGAUAAAGAGAAAAACAACACCAGACGUGGAGCAAAUCACAGAUACUGAGAGAUUCCUCUUCAAUUUGUUUAAAGAGAAAAGGGAGGAGCUGCAGAGACUCGCAGAGAAGCCCGAGUAUGAAAAUGACAGCCUGUCGAAACUACGAGGUAAAAUUCUGCAAGAGUUCAGCAGCAGGGAUGAGGCCAGAGGGAUCAUUUUCACCAAAACACGUCGCAGUGCUAUCGCUCUAAGUCAGUGGAUUCAGGAAAACUCCAAGUUUGCUGACAUUGGAGUGAAAGCCUCACAUGUGAUCGGAGGGGGAGACCAGAGUGUUGUUAAACCGAUGACCUCUGCAGAGCAAAGGGACGUGUUGACCAAAUUCCGAGAUGGUGAAAUCAACUUGCUGAUUGCGACCACAGUGGCAGAGGAGGGAUUGGACAUACCAGCGUGCAAUGUUGUUAUCAGAUACGGCCUCGUGACCAAUGAGAUUGCCAUGGUGCAGGCUCAAGGCAGAGGAAGAGCUGAGGACAGCAGUUACACUCUGGUAGAGGUGAAGGACUCUGGGGUGGCCGAGAAGGAGAGUGUCAAUGAGUACCUCAUUAAAAUGAUGAACAAAGCCAUUGUCAAAAUCAGAGCUUUGGAUCAAGCGAUCUAUGAAAAACGGAUCUUAGAGUUUCAGAUGCAGGCUAUACUGGAGGAGAAGGUGAGAAACACAAAGAAGAAGCAGAAAGUCAUGCAGCUUCAGAAGGGUGAAGUGAAGUUCAGCUGCCGAGGCUGCAACAAGCCCGUCUGCACCGGCGAUGACAUCCAGAUGAUCGAAGACAUGCACAGAGUCAAUAUAACACCAGAGUUCAGAACACUUUUCAUUCAGACAGAAAAUACAACUCUUCAAGAGCGACUUCUAGAAUAUGAGACCAAUUACUACAUAGUAUGCAAAGUCUGCGGGCAGAGAUGGGGUUCCAUGAUGCUCUACCGAGGGAUCGAUUGCCCCAGCCUCCAUGUGAAAUACUUUGUGGUGACGUACGACGGAAAGAAGAUCAGCAAAUGCACCCAGUGGAAGGAUCUCGCCAUCAGGUUUCCCGCCUUUGACUACGCUGAAUAUGCAAGCCAGAUGGCAGCGAGCUCAGAUGAGGAAGACACUGAAUGAAUCACAGCUACUUACUCAUUAAGAAUCACAAAAUCAUUGAUUUUGUAUUUUUAACUUUGGCUUGCACAGCAGCUGUACCCAUCACACUGGUAAAUGCAAUGCUUCCUUUGAGUGCUAAAUUGUCGCGAUAACUGGAGUCACUGAUGGUGGUGGAUUUAAGCAUGUGCUGCAAAGCACGUACAAUAUUUUUAUCAUUUUAUUGGGAAAAGGCUUCACAAGUAUGUUAGAUUGUCAAAAUAUGAAUUUGCAUGUUUGGUUUGUUGUGUAUGGGAUACUUUAUGUUGAAUUUACUGCAGAGGCUCUGUAACACUGGUGGACUCUGGGAUGUGCCCCUUCUAGUGGAGGAAACGUGAUGAAGUGCCCUCUAGGUUGUCCUUCUAGUGGAGGAAACGUGUUAAAGUGCCCUCUAGGUUGUCCUGCUAGUAGAGAAAACUUGAUGAAGUGCCCCUUAGGGUGCCCUUCUAGUGUAGAAAAUGUGAUGAAGUGCCCUCUAGUGUCCCCUUCUAGUGGAGAAAACGUGAUGCAAUGUCCCCUAGGAUGCCCUUUCAGUAGAGAAAACGUGAUGAAGUGCCCUCUAAGGGUGUCCUAGUGGAGAAACUUGAUGAAGUGCCCUCUAAGGUGCCCUUCCAGUAGAGAAAACGUGAUAAAGUGCCCUCUAGGGUGGCCUUAAAAUUGAGAAAAACAAUGAAGCAGUGCCAUAUAGGCUGCCUUAAAGUACAUGCUAGAAAAUUGUGCGCUGGUGCCUUUUUUUAUUUUGUUUUUCGCCCUCUGCCCCUCAGACAGCCUGAGUCCACCACUGCUUUGUAACAAUCGUGAAAUGUAUGUUCUGUAAGUUUCCAUAUUGUGUGCAUCACUGAUAUACAAAAUGAACAGGGGGGGGAAAAAAAUGAUUUUCCUCUCCAAACCUUCAUGUGGUCUCCUGAGAUUGGAGCCACUGAGCCUGUGAUAGCCCCUCAGAGCCCACCUGUCAACAACACAAACGCACAUAAACAAGUGCUGGUGAUUUUCCAUUAAAUCCAACUGUUGAGCCAGUCACAGAUUGCUAUUUUUAGACCCAUCCUUUUUUUAAAGAAUAACUUCAGCAUACACAUAGACACCUGAGGGAUCUGAUUGCACUGGUAAUGGAUCAUUGAGUAAUAAAAGUAUGUCCACUAUC